CGCUUCCUCCCCCGCCCCGCGAGCUGUUCCGACCAAUGGGAAGCGGGCUCUUUGGGCGUCGGUGAUAUUCAAACAGAGAGCGGCGCGCGCCCAUGACUGCCUGGAGCCUUUCGCCGGCCCUGAGAUGGAGGAGGAUCUAAGUGAAAGAGGAUUACCACAAAUCGCUUCAAUCAUGAGUAGAGUUAGAGAUUUGAAAAACAAGUAUAAAAAUGAAGACAAUGUUACGGAUGAACUUAACUAUACUAAAAUAUCAGCUGAUACAACAGAUAACUCUGGAACUGUUAAUCAAAUAAUGAUGACAACAAAUAAUCCAGAAGAUUGGCUGAGUUUCUUGCUUAGGAUAGAGAAAAAGGGUAUUCCUCAGGUGGAUGUUACUCUACUGAAUAGACUCAUUGGUCGUUACAGUCAAGCAGUAACUGCAUUACCUGCAGAAAAGCAUAGUCAAGAUGAGAGCUAUGCUCGCAUCCUUGUGAGAUUUGCUGAGUUGAAAGCUCUUCAAGAUCCAGAGGAGGCACGUGACCAGUUUCAUCUGGCCAGACUAAAUUGCAAGAAGUUUGCUUUUGUGCAUGUGGCUUUUGCACAGUUUGAGCUAUCACAAGGAAAUAUGAAGAAGUGUAAGCAGCUUCUUCAGAAAGCUGUGGACUGCUGUGCUGUUCCAUUAGAAAUGUUGGAAACUGCUCUGAAAAACUUUCAUUCACAAAAAAAGCAGUUGCUUUCAGAUGAGGAGAAGGAGAACUUUGCAGUAUCAAGUACACAAGCGUCUGGACUUCAGAACAUAGUUGGAAAUCACAAAAGUAGAAAAAGGAAUGAUUCUGAGAAUUCUUCCACUGCUACUCUUGGGGGGGAGAAAUUGCAAGAAUUUGAUGCCCUUUUGAAUUGCCAUAAUCCAUUAAGACCGCUGAACAAAUCUAAUCAGGCCUGCCCUUUUGGGAGAGUUCCUGUUAAACUCAUAGCUGAUACUGCUGAUACUGUGAAGAAGGUGGAUAUCCCACUUACAGCUAGUGUUAUGAAGAGGCAAAUAUCCAGCUUGAAAUCUACAGCAUUGAUUGUACCUUUUCCACUAUCUGAACCGAAAUCUAGUGGGGAUGAUUCAUAUGACUUGGGAGAUUUAAAGUCCUUAGAAGACAGAAACUCUAUACAGUUGCAGAUGUUGGAUGAGGACAGCUUAGAAACUGCUACCAGUUCAACUGUAACUCUCAAAACGAAAGUGGAUGCAAGUCUUGCAACAAAAAGAGAAGAAAAUAGAGUUCAGUAUCAGGAGCUGAAGAUACCAGAACCAAGAUGUCUGGAAAGCCAACAGCAACAAUCCAGUUCUGCUGAAGGUUAUAGAAAGCAAAUAGAUCGGAUAAAACUGAGCUGUGUUAAUUCUAGAAGAAAAUGGCCAGUUCAAGAAGUGGCUCAGAAAAGCUGCUAUAAAGAGGGAAAACAAUCAAGUUUUGAACAACCUAGUUAUCCAAUUUCAAAAGGAUUAUCACCACCAGAUGCUGUUUCUAAGAAAAGUGAUCUGUUGCGUUUUUGUGGAACACCGAGCACCACAUUUAAUGAUUAUAUGGACUGUUUCAGAACACCAGUUGUAAAGAAUGACUUUCCACCAGGAUGUCAAAUUUCUACUCCAUACAGCCAGCUACCGUAUUUCCUACCACAUACUCCAGCAACUCCUUUUCAAAAUCAGAUUGGCUUGCAGGUUUCAGCUUCUAUAUCUUCAAAUGAAUGUCUUGCCAUCAAAGGAAAAGUAUAUACAAUAUUAAAGCAAAUAGGUAGCGGAGGCUCAAGUAAGGUGUUUCAAGUAUUGAAUGAAAAGAAACAGCUAUAUGCUGUCAAAUAUGUGAAUCUAGAAGAAGCUGAUAAACAGACUAUUGAGAGCUAUAAGAAUGAAAUUUCUCAUCUGAGUAAACUCCAGCAACAUAGUGAUAAGAUCAUCCGUCUUUAUGGCUAUGAGAUUACUGAAAAUCAUAUCUACAUGGUAAUGGAGUGUGGAAAUAUUGAUCUCAACAGCUGGCUCAAAAAGAAAAAAAACAUUGAUCCUUUGGAGCGAAAGAGCUAUUGGAAAAAUAUGUUGGAAGCUGUUCACACAAUCCAUGAAUAUGGCAUUAUUCACAGUGAUCUGAAACCAGCAAACUUUCUGAUAGUGGAUGGAAUGCUAAAACUGAUCGACUUUGGCAUUGCAAACCAAAUGCAGCCGGAUGUGACAAGUAUUGUUAAAGAUUCUCAGGUUGGCACAAUGAAUUACAUGCCACCAGAAGCAAUAAAAGAUAUGUCUUCCUAUGGAGAAAAUGAGACAUCUCGAUCUAAGAUAAGUCCCAAAAGUGAUGUGUGGUCACUAGGAUGCAUCUUGUAUUGUAUGACAUAUGGAAGGACUCCAUUUCAACAUAUAACAAAUCCAGUCAAUAAACUGCACGCUAUCAUUGAUCCUAGUUAUGAAAUAGAGUUCCCCGAUAUUGCUGAGAGAGAUCUUCAAGAUGUGCUAAAGUGCUGUUUAAUAAGAAACCCUAAACAAAGAAUAUCUGUUUCAGAGUUGCUGAUACAUCCUUAUGUUCAAAUUCAAACUCAUUCUCAAACAGGUGUUCCAAAUGCAAAAGGAACAACAGAGGAAAUGAAGCGUAUCCUUGGGCAACUUGUUGGCUUGAAUUCUCCAAACUCUAUUUCUAGAGCUGCUAGGACUUUAUAUGAACAGUGCAACAGUGGUAAAAGUCUUGAUGUGUCUGCAUUUGCAAAAAUUGGAAAUCAAAAAUCACGGACAACAAAAUAAUAUACUGCUGUUCAGGAUGCAACAGGGAUCUGGGAAACUGUGGCAUAGGAACUGAGACACUAUUUCUGGUUUUCUCUGGAGAGGUGAAAAAAUGUAUCAACUUCAUCAGAAAAUUUACGAAGAAAAUUUUUCUUCUGCAGAAACAUGCUUUUGCUGGGAUCAAAAUGUCUCCCAGCUACUUUUCUAGACUACACUUUGAAAUAUUUCUGCAUAAUUAUUCUACUAUUAUAACCGCUAUUUGCUAUUUUGUUUUUCUGCUGUUUAGUGUUCAAUGAGAAGAAACUGUGCUGCAUGACUUAAAAUUCAAUUUUUUUCCCCAACUCUUCCUCUUAUUCCAAGGACUGCUGAAGAACUUGCAGGAAAUAAGCUCCUGUGCAUGCCAGCUCUAUGAAAAGAGGGCUGGGGCCAAUGAGAAGCAGUGGGUUGUUAUCAAUCAUCCCUCUUGCUUGCAAUUUUCCAUUGCAAAUGAAUGAUUAACUUAUACCCCCCCACACCUCAGUCACACAAUACAAGAUCUAUCUUGUAUUUGUAUGUACAAGUCUAUCUUGUUUGUCAGCUGCCCUUUACUGUCCCUCUAAUUCAUUCCUAUUUGUUUCUGCUUUACAAGCAACCUCCCUCCUCUUGACAUUCUAUUGGAUCUUAAUAUUUGUGAAGUAUGUAUUACAUAGUACAUUUUCAGGACAGAAUCUUAAUCUUGAAAAUGUUGGGUAAUGCAGGUUGCUGCCUGAAGCUUUCUCAACAUUACAAAAUACCCAUCAUGCAUUACUGUCAUCUACCCUCAAGACAAUGUGCAAUGUGCAUGUGUUCAGGACAAUCUGCAUGUAUAAAAUGGGGAGAGAAGGUGUCCAGCUAAUCCAGAUCAGAGUAUGUCCACAGCCUCUGUUGGAGAGUAUAGUGCUAUGUCAGAUUAUAUUGAGAUAUUGCAGCUACAUGAAGAGUAGGAAGGUAAAUGUGAACACUUUGGUAAGUUCACAUCAGUAACUCUUGUUCAAAAAAUUAACUUGGAUACUUGCAUCCCAUGUUAAUUCUAAUACUGUGACCGAAGAACCUUUACUCAGCAACUAAUACUAACAAAUGCCUAGUCACAGAACAAUGUCUUCCUUUAAUAUUUACAGAUGGGUAUAUAGUUGCUCAGGCUGAGCAAUGCUAUGUUAGCUUCUAUUUAAAUACACUUGAAAUUCAAAGACUAAAGGGGAUAGUGUUUCAAGUUUGAAGGCUCUGAUCUGGUGGUCUGUUUUGUUGUGCUAAUGCACAGAAUUGAGCCCUUGACAAAUGUGUGAAGAAAAGGAGGUUGUUUUUCCUGCAUAAUUUCUUGUGUUCUCAGAACUUGCCAAAGGAAUGAGAGCUGAGUCCUAUCCCUGUGUCCCUGCAGGGCUCAAACUCCUGUUUCUCACUAGGCCUUGUGGAAGGCAGUCUCCUCUCCUGCUGCUGAACAUGCAGCUGGGCAGGAAGGGAAUGGUAAAACCACAAAUGCAAGAGAGAAUGAUAGAGGGAUAUGUUUUGGUCUAAAGGUAAGUCAAAUGGUCAUUAGGCUGUGGUUCCUCCUUUGGGUUUCUGUUCUUUCCUAAAGUACUAGAUCAUAGUUUUGUGCUAAAUAAAUAACUAAUCCUGGGAACAGUGCUCAGUAUUCAAAUGAAAAUUCAACAACUGAAACAACCUUGAAUUGUAGUCCAUCUCUGCUUACUCAUAGGCACCUCAGCGAGGAGUAUAAGGCUAAUUAUUACAGGUGCCAGUUAUGUGACCAGAGAUACAGUAAGAGCUGAAAAUUAACUAGUACUUCCUUCCCAUUGUCUAGGCCCUCAUAUUGCCUUGCUGUGCUGUUCCCUCUGUUGGCUUGAAUUCUCAACAGUGAAGAUGAAAACAUAGUACUUUUAUAUUCAUGUUUGUAUCUUGGACACCUUUUCAUGACUAAGAGAUAACUUACCCUCUUUCAACUAACAAUGACUGGCUAAUACAAGAGUAUUCCCUUCCUGCUCAAUACAGAUUUCCUCUCCAAACUCAAAAUUAUCUGUGACCACUUGGCAAGAUCACAAAGCCUGUCUGCUUGUCAGUAAGCUUGCAGAGAUGCCCUUGCUUGCUCACUUGUUCUGCAUGAAGUGUUUGAGAUGAAUCUUCUUGCAAGAUAAAGGCUAUGUAAAAUAGAGCAAGCAAUGUAGUGUGAUUACCUGUAGGAAGUAGAACAGUACACCUGUACUGAAACAGGAGUCUUUAUUCUGCCUGCCCCAUAAACUUUCAUGGGAGUUGUUGAUAUGAAACCUGAGAUAAAAAUCUGACUCCUCGCCUAAAUUCCUCAUCUUGGUGGGUGGAAUAGGCACAGCUAAAUAGUGAUGCAAUUCCAAGAUGCCAGCUCUAAUGAGAUGAAUCGCUAAAAUCCAGGCAGCUUUUGCAAUGAAAGAGAUGACUAAUUUAAGGGAGACUAUUGAUGCCAGUGUUCUGAACCCUUAAACACAAGGAAAAGGUCAAUGUUUAAACAUGACCAGCCUGUUGGUUUUUGAUCUCUGGCUUGUCUCUGUACCCACUUAGAGAUGGGCAUGUCAUGUGGUAAGUGCAAGUAAACUUUGAAUACUUGCUUGUUACAUGCUUUGUCUGUCUAUCUCAAAUUUUCUUUCCUUGCUUUAUAUAGUUGUUGAAAACCAAUUAGGUACAAUUAAAUAAUGGUGAUGGGUAUGUUUAAGGAAAUAUGAAUUAUAUUCUUGGCAUUGAUACUUGCUUGUUGUGUGAUCUUGAAUAAAUUGUUUCUGAGUCCUUGCUCCCCA